ACCCAUGCAGUUAAUGCAAACCAACCAAGCAAAAACGCGAGGGAAAGGAGGAGAUCAGGAGAUGGCGCCGCCGAUGGAGCGCCGGUCGCCGUCGCUCGCGGAGUCUCGUCAGUGGACGCGGCGCUUCCUCCGCGGCCUCGGCGUGGACGGGACCCUCCCGGCCGCCGCGGAGCUCCCCGCCGCCUACUCCGCGCUCGUCCGCGGCGUCCUCUCCGCCGCCGUCUCCGUCGUCCCCGCCACCCCGGCCUCGCCGCGCGUCUCCUGCACGCUCACCGUCUCCCCCGCCGCCGUCAACGCGUACAACACGCUCCACGGCGGCAUGGUGGCGGCCGUGGCGGAGGUCGUCGGGAUGGCGUGCGCGCGCGCCGCGGCGGGCGACAAGGAGAUGUUCCUCGGCGAGCUCAGCGCCGCCUAUCUCUCCGCCGCCCGCCUCAAUUCUGAAGUGGAAGUCGAAGCGCAGAUACUCAGGAAGGGCAGAUCCGUGGUGGUUACUACGGUUGAGUUUAGGCUCAAGGGCACCAAUAAGCUCUGCUACACGUCUCGAGCCACCUUCUACAUCAUGCCCGUGGCGAGCCUGUGAAUAUCAAUUGCAUGGAUUGGUAGCAAUAACUGUAUUUGUGGUGUGCAAUUUACACGUUUAACAUGUAGAGUAUAUUGGGUACCAUUGCAUUGACGGAAUAAGUUAAACGCUGUAAUUAUCAGCCAAAUUCGCAGUUUGUACCCCCUAAGCAGUAAUUACACAGCUUGCUGGAAAUAUCGAAUUGCUCUGAUUUGA